AUGACAAGUUUAUAUAAUGAUACAGAUUCACGUUCAAGUAUUUCGUCUAGUGCAAGCCGUAUUAUCGCAACCCAGAGUUCUACUGUUUCAACUGCCACAACUUCUUCCCAUAUGCAGUCGACUACACUUCGGUUGAGCAAAAAGUCCCUUAAUCAAGCCAGGGACCGUUUACUUGCGUUCCAAGAAGAAAAUAUGGAAGCGAACGAGGAUAUGAUCAUUAUCAGGGAAAAUGUGUCACCCGAAGCCUAUAUCAAAUAUUGUGAAAUUGAGCGAAAGCUCCCUGUUAGCAUUCGUUUGGUUGAAGGAAAAAUUAUAGCUUACGAAGUCCCUCUCUCGGAACAUGGAGCAGUAGUGUACAGAAUUGGAUACUUGAUAUGUGCCUGGAAUAAUCAAUUACGACUUCCUAGACCUCCACCUGGCCAGGGAUCUAACUCAAGCGGGCACCCAUAUCCAACACUGGUUGUUGAAGUUGGCAACAGCGAGUCUGUUCCUAGCUUACAUGAUCUCUCGACAGGUUACUUUUCUUCACGAACGACCGUUCAAAUUUAUAUUGCGAUCAAACUGUUUCCCAUUCGUCAAGAUGGCACAAGGGCAAUGCUUGCACUGCGCUAUCUACGUACAAAUCAAGUUAAUACGGUGCCGGACAUUAUCAUAUCUUUCGGUACGGCGCCUCUCCAUCCGAAUACAAUAGGAUUUCUUACGAGUAUUGGUGUUCCACUUGCUAACAUCGUUGGUGUCGGGUUUUCAGCAAUUGCGUGUAAUGCCUCUGGUAUUCCGAUUUAUCAAUUGCAUAUUCCUGCCAUUGAACUUUUUAAUGGUGCAUUUGGAAGCGUCACGGCUGGGGUAGUUAAUGGGUUUUAUUUGGAUCUAUGGGAGAUACAAGAUUUAGUAUUGAAUGGGUUUUAG